AUGAGAUUUUAUGUGCGGAACGAAUACAAUGAGCUCGAUGCAUUCGUGGAGGAGCAGAGACAAUCAGAUAUCGCUGGGUUCCAUCGGCGCAGACCGAUUUUGCUUGUUGGACAACCUGGAAUAGGCAAGGCUGUCUAUUUGACGCACUGUCUCCUGAAUCGGCUCGCACAAGGAAAGCUCACCGUGCUCUCCAAGUCACCUUUGAUACGUUUUGCCUUUCUCGAAUCUGGUGUUUACAUGAUUCCAAAUGAUUCCUUCCUACAUUGGCGGAAUCCCGAGCUCUCCGUAGCUGAAGGAGCCAAUUUGGAUGGCCUUGUUCUCUCUCAUCUUGCUUCGGCUGUGGAGGUCAACACUCUGCUGCAGCAGCGAUGGAGGAUCUUGGUAGCAUCGUCGUCCGAGCCAGAAGAGGUGGAAAGAUGGGCAAGGAAAAACAAUCCGAACAUGUUUUACAUGAAAAGAUGGAGCUGGCAAAAAGUGUGUGUAUCCCGGUAAGCCGCCAGUUGUGUAGGUAGAGGCCUAGUAGUGCUCAUCUCUCCCAGCGGUUAUGCGAAGGAGCAGAGGGUUGAUGAUGAAGCUUGGCGUGUUGCGUUCAUAACGUAUGGGGGCUCGGCGAGGCAGUUACUCGAUCGUACGCAAGAGCAGGUAGAUAUCGACUUCGACUCGGCUAUUAUGGGAUGCACUCCCAUCUCCCUCUUCCAGCAAGCGGUGACA